UGUUAUACGCGUAGAGUGUGGAAGUGCGGUGCGGUCAUCCCGUCAGUCGAGAAGUGUAUAGCGGUUCGCGCACGCGCAUUAGCCGUUUCGAAAGUGCGUGCAAGUGACUAUUUCGCGGGAAAACUGUGACAUCAUCUGCCGCGGCAUGGCUCCCGCAGCCAUGUGCGCGAGCGCCUUCGCGUUCAUCGUUGUCCUGGUGGCGGCGCACGCACUCACGCUCGAUAAAGAAGCGACAAGCGAGGUGAUUGCAGCUGUUGGGUCAAUAAAGAAUGGUGGCGAGGUCGCGAUCCUCGUGCGAGGGCCUCACGGUAAGAGUGCCAGGCGAGAAGAACUUCUUCACGGGAAAGGAGAAGAAGACACCGCCAUUUCGCUUUUCUAUAAUCGGAAAAGUAAUAAAGUGUCCCUUGAAAGUCUGCACGGCGGUCAAUUGAGGUCAGUAUCGUGGGGCCUUGGAAUGCAUCCGCGAGGUACCUUGCUCCUGGUGGUGUCUAACAGCAGAGUGCGGCUCUACGUGGGCUGCCGUCCCCUCCACUGGCACGCCAUGUCUGGCAGUAAUGGUUUGUUGGACAUACUGGGCAGUCAGAGGUUGAAGUUGUAUCACGAAGAAAACGCACCAGUGGAGAUAUACGCGAGCGAAAAAGCCGCAAUCGACUCACUGAGCUGCAACAUCCAAGAAGACACCAUACGACCACCCUCAUUAUUAGUGGUGGAUGAACCUGAAAGCGAUGUGGAGGAGGUCAAAGAAUUUAAAGCUAAAACAGAGAGAUUGAAGCGGGAAGAAGAAAUGCAAGGAGACGACGCUACGAACUAUUUGGAUGCUAAUGGCAUCCUGCCACAGCCUUCCAGAGGCGACAUACCUUCGAGCGGAAUUGAGUCCUGUGAUGAUGAGGUGAUUCGUCAGCUCACGCUGCUCCGUCAGACCAUAGAGUACCUUCGCCGUGAGGUCGCCGAACAGAAGGGGACCAUCGACAAUUUAAGGAACCAACUGCAUCUGUGCUGCAAUCGCUUCUCUACUCCUCCUCCGAUUGAAAGAUGCUCCGGAUCUUCAUGCUAUCCUGGCGUGGAAUGCCGUAACGUAGCGAAUGGGGUCCAGUGCGGCUCUUGUCCUCGAGGCAUGGAGGGCGAUGGGAAGCAAUGCAGACCCAUGUCUUGCAGCAGACGACCGUGCUCACAAGUGGAAAGGUGCGUAGACACAGAGCAAGGGUAUCGCUGUGAACGUUGCCCUGGACGGCAGACCAGUGAUGGCCAGACAUGCCGAUCGCCUUGUAGCGCCAACCCGUGCUUUGGAGGACGCGUACCAUGUGAAGAUUUACCCGAUGGUAGUUACCGCUGCGGUCCCUGCCCCUCCGGUUUCCAUGGCAACGGCCAGGACUGCUAUAGGAUCAUGUGCCGUGCUAACACUUGCUUCAAAGGAGUGGAUUGCCAGGAGUCGCCAUCAGGCCCUCGCUGUGGAUCUUGUCCGGCAGGAUAUGUUGGUAAUGGCCAACAAUGUCAGCACAUAUGCGAGACCCAUAAACCUUGCGGUGCGGAGAGACGAUGCAUUCCCAAAGCCACCAGUCCUUACUAUGAGUGCGAGGGUUGCCCUAGAGGAUACCAGUCGAAUGGUUUCCAAUGCGUGGACAUAGACGAAUGUGACCUCAUCCGUCCUUGUGAUGAUCUGGUGUCGUGUAUGAAUGAGAAAGGUGGAUUCGUGUGUGGACCUUGUCCCCCUGGGUAUGAAGGCAGCCAGGGCUGGAGAGGGGCAGGGGAUGAGCGACGAAGGGAACAUUGUGUCGAUAUCGAUGAAUGCAGUGGAGGUCGCGCUAACUGUCCUAAAGGAAGACUUUGUGUUAAUACACCGGGCUCAUACACGUGCGUUCCCUGUGGUGGUAACUACUACGUGAACACGACCCGGCCGUGCCUCGAACCCGGGGCUCUUGUCAAGCGCUGCGACCCGGCCUACUGUCGCAGGUACGACGCCGUCUGCGGAUAUGGGUACAAGUGUGUUUGUCCUACUGGUAGGGCUGGCAACGGCACAGUAUGUGGUCCAGAUCGAGACAUGGAUGGCUAUCCAGACCAUCAGCUGCCGUGCUCCGAGCCGCGCUGCAAAGCGGACAACUGUCCCGCCGUGUCCAACUCUGGACAAGAGGAUGCGGAUAAUGACGGCAUUGGAGACGCCUGCGACUCUGAUGCUGAUGGAGAUGAGAUCCCUAAUAUUCCGGACAACUGCCCUCUUACCCCUAAUCCGGAUCAACUAGAAAGGGACGAAGACAAAAUUGGGGAUGCGUGUGAUAACUGCCCCAGAAAGUAUAAUCCUGGACAAGAGGAUACCGACAUGGAUGGCUUUGGAGACGUUUGCGAUGAUGAUAUGGAUGAUGAUGACAUACUGAACGAAUCUGACAACUGCCCGCGUAAAUACAACCCCGAUCAGCAGGACCAGGACGGUGACGGAGUAGGAGAUGUGUGUGACAAUUGUCCUCGAGUGAGAAACCCGAGACAGGAGGACACCGAUCGGGAUAACGUUGGAGACGCGUGCGACAGCGAUGUGGAUAGGGACCAGGACGGUAUACAAGACGGUCUAGAUAAUUGUCCGACAGUCCCCAACAGUGAUCAGCAAGACGUGGACGGUGAUGGCAAGGGAGACGUUUGUGAUUACGAUGAUGAUGGUGACGGCAUCCCUGACCUUGAGGAUAACUGCCCUCUCGUGCCCAAUAGGGAUCAGAAGGACCAUAAUGGUGACAACAUCGGAGACGCAUGCGACGGCGAUAACGACGGAGAUAAGGUCAUCAACGAGCUGGACAACUGUCCCAACAACUCGCGCAUAUUCAGGACUGACUUUAGGAACUACAUGACAGUCCGUCUAGACCCUGAGGGAGAGUCCCAACAGGAUCCCAACUGGGUGAUCGCUAACCAGGGCGCAGAGAUCCAGCAGACACUUAACUCAGACCCUGGACUCGCUGUCGGGUUCGAGAGCUUCACAGGCGUAGACUUUGAAGGAACCUUCUUUGUGGACACUCAGAUUGAUGAUGAUUAUGUUGGGUUUAUAUUUGGCUAUCAGAACAAUAAGCGUUUCUACGUGGUGAUGUGGAAGAAGAACGCGCAGACGUAUUGGCAAACGACGCCUUUCAGAGCUGUGGCCGAGCCUGGCAUCCAGCUCAAACUGGUCAACUCCAAGACCGGCCCCGGCAAGAUCCUUAGGAACGCGCUGUGGAACACCACGUCCACACCUGAUCAGGUGACCCUCCUCUGGAAAGAUCCUCGGAACGUUGGCUGGCGUGAGAAGACAGCGUAUCGCUGGCGUCUGCUCCACCGGCCCAGGAUUGGGCUCAUCCGCCUUAAGAUCUACGAGAAUAACCGGCUAGUAGCAGACUCUGGAAACCAGUACGACUUCACACUUAAGGGCGGUAGACUUGGCGUGUUCUGCUUCUCUCAGGAGAUGAUUAUAUGGUCCAAUUUGGUGUAUAGGUGUAAUGACAAAAUACCAUCAAACAUAGCAUCGGAGCUGUCGACGCGGAAUCACUUCGAGAUCGACCACGAUUUCUUCUACGCUUAACGUUACUAACAUAAGAAUACAGUAUGUGUGAUUGUCGCUAUAGUUGUUAAUUUCAAUGUUUUAAUAAAUUUGUCUAAUUUGAAA